UCAUAUCAUCAUCCAAUUAAUUAUGAUGAUGAAUAAAUUCUGAAUUCAAACAGCAGCAUUUUGUUACAUCAAUUCAUUCACUUUUUCAACAUUUGCUAAUUAAUCAACAAUGGCUUCGACUCGUGUAUUACCCUUUGUGAGGGGUAUUGAUUUCAGUCAUAAUAAUUUUGAGGAAGAAAAAUUCCCCAAAGAAAUGAUCAAUAUGACCGGUUUAAGGUGGUUGAAAUUGGACUCGAGUCGAAUUGAUUGGGUUCCCGAAGAAAUGGCCACCAUGAAUAAAUUGGAGUCCAUAUCGUUAGCCAAGAAUAAUCUGGUCACUUUACAUGGCGAAUUAUCAUCGUUGAAAACACUGCGAUCACUAGUAUUACGUCAUAAUCGAAUCAACAAUAAUGGCAUACCUGUUGAUCUAUUCAAAUUGGAUGAAUUGUUUGUUCUGGAUCUUAGCCAUAAUUGUCUUAAAUCGGUGCCAGAGGAUCUGGAAAAAUGUCGUACAUUAUUAGUGCUCAAUCUGUCCAACAAUCAAAUCGAUACUAUACCCAAUCCAUUGUUCAUCAAUCUCACCGAUCUGCUCAAUCUGGAUUUGAGUAACAAUAAUCUAGUUACUCUACCACCACAAAUGCGAAGAUUAGUCAAUCUACAGGUAUUGAAUCUAAGCAAUAAUCCAUUGGGACAUAAUCAAUUGAAACAAUUACAAUCACUACAUUCAUUGCAAUCAUUAAAUUUAUCCAAUACACAACGUUCGCUGCACAAUAUGCCCACUUCACUGGAUAAUUUGGUGAAUCUUACUGAGUUGAAUUUAUCGAGCAAUGAUCUGCAUCGAAUACCUGAUGUUGUUUAUACAUUGUCAUCGUUAAAACGUUUAAAUCUAAGUGAUAAUCAAAUUGUAGAAAUAUCCAGCAAUAUUGAUCAAUGUUGGGUCAAUUUGGAAGUAUUGAAUCUAUCGCGAAACCGUCUAAAAGCAUUGCCACAAUCAUUGAGCAAAUUAGAGCGAUUACGAUGCCUCUAUCUAAAUGACAAUGAAUUAAUUUUCGAUGGAAUACCAAACAGUAUUGGCAAGCUAUAUAAUUUGGAAAUAUUUAUGGCAUCCAAUAAUAAUCUCGAGCUUAUACCCGAAGGAGUUGUUCGAUGUGGAAAGCUAAAAAAGCUAAUUCUAUCCAAAAACAAAUUGGUUACAUUACCAGAUGCUAUUUAUUUUCUCACUGAUCUGAAAGUGCUGGAUCUUGCCGAUAAUCCCGAUUUAAUUCUGCCACCAAAGCCGGCUGAACUGAAAGAAAACAAUAAAAACAUCUACAAUAUUGAUUUCAACAUUAACAAUCAAUUUCGUAAUGCUUCUGCCAAUUAUGGUAACGGACUUAACCAGAUGAAUUCAUCGUGUUCGAAAGAUCCAAUCGCUAGAAAAUUACGGCUUGUACGGCGAGCUAAAGAAAUGACAAACGAAUCUGAUUCCUCCAAAGUACUCAAAGCAAUGACCGAAUUGGCCAAAGAAAAUGAAAAUAUUGAUGCCCAUAUCUACGAAACUGCCGACACAAAUCUCAAACCAAAACGAUGGGAAGAAUCAUUGGAAAAACCCCCGCUUGAUUAUUCGGAUUAUUUUGAAGAUGAUGUCGGUCAAUUCAUGGGCAUAUUAGUCUGGGAAAUUGAUAACUUUUAUCCAAGCAGAUUGGACGAAGCAUGUUUUGGCAAAUUUUAUGAAGCCGAUUGUUAUAUCAUAUUGAAAACGUUCGAAAAUGAAAAUCAAAACCCCGAUUGGGAUAUUUACUACUGGAUCGGAUCGGAAACGUCCUUGGACAAAAAAGCUUGUGCUGCUAUCCAUGCUGUCAAUCUGCGUAAUUAUUUGUCGGCCAAAUGUCGUACGAUUCGCGAAGAACAGGGCGAAGAAAGUGAGCAAUUUUUGUCAUUGUUUCCCGAAGGUAUCACCUACAUCAAAGGUGGACGUACAUUAAGCGGUUUCUAUACGGUGGAAGAGGUUGCCGUCGCCAUUCGUUUGUAUCGUUUGCAUGAAGUAUCCAAUCAGCAACUUUAUAUGGAAUCUGUUGCCGUUAAUAUUUGUUCAUUGGACACCAGAUUUGUUUUCAUUUUGGAUACCGGCUACAAAAUCUACGUAUGGAAUGGUAAACGUUCGAAAAAUACUGUCAAACAAAAAGCUCGUUUAUUGGUGGAAAAAAUCAAAAAAGAAGAAAGAAAAAACAAAACAACAUUGGAAUUUGUUGACCAAUAUCAAGAGCCAGAAGAAUUUUGGACCGAAUUCGAUAAUCAAGAUAUUACCAAUAUCGAUCAUAAUUUUCUGGUCGAAGGUAUUGAAGAUUUUCGUCCAACUAGUCCGGUUUUAUAUCAAGUUUGUUUGGGUACUGGGUAUUUGGAACUACCGCAAAUUCGUUACAAACCAAAACAACUGAGCAAAAGUCAUUUCGAAAGUAAAAAUGUUUACAUUAUGGAUAUUGUAACCGAUGUUUACAUAUGGGUUGGUCGCAAAUCUGCUCGAUUAGUAAGAGCUGCCGCGCUUAAAUUGGCCCAAGAACUGUUUGCCAUGAUUAAACGACCAGAAUAUGCCAUGGUCACCCGAUGUCUUGAAGGAGUGGAAACGCAAUCAUUCAAAUCUCGAUUUGCUACCUGGGAUGAAAUUGUGGCUGUUGAUUUCACACGAACUGCCAAAUCGGUUCAGCAAAUUGGUGCCGACAUGAACAAAUGGCUUUCGGAACAUUCUGAUUUCAAAUAUGAUUUGAACGCAUUGUUUAUGCCUCGACAACCGAUUGUCCCGAAAACGGAAUCCCUGCAACUGGCUCAAGAAUGGAACGAAGAUCUCAUCAAUAUGGAAGCUUUCGUGUUGGAAAAUAAAACGUUCAAAAAACUGCCCGAAGAAGAACUGGGACACUUUUUUGCCGGUGAAUGUUAUUUUUUCUUGUGCCGUUAUUAUUGGAUACCUGAUACCGAAUCACAUGAUGGCGAAGAAGAAGAAGACGAUCUGGCCGACGAAGAUGCCCAGUUCUGGAUUGUUUAUUUUUGGCAAGGUCGUGAAGCAUCCAACAUGGGAUGGCUAACCUUUACGUUCACCGUACAAAGCAAAUUCGAAGCCUGGUUCAAAGACAAACUCAAAAUUAUCCGGUUUCAACAACAACAGGAGAAUGCCAAAUUCCUUUCACAUUUCAAACGAAAAUUUGUCAUUCAUUCGGGUCGUAGAGAUCUUAACCGUUCACCGUCUGAGCGUUUGGUUAGGCCGGGACAAAAUGAAUUUUAUCAUUUACGUUCCAAUUGUGAUAUGCUUACGUUGCGAACUAUUCAACUAAAUCUGGACAAGCCAGCUUUCCUGUAUUCGGCUUUUACCUACAUACUCAAAAUAGAAUCGGCCACCUGUUUUCCAAGUGAUAAUCAUGUUUUUAUUUGGGUCGGAUCGGCCGUCGACGAUGAUGACGUUCAAGUGGCCAAAGAAAUGGUGAGCCAAAUGUAUCCGUCACAUAAGUAUCCGAUGACCGUCAUCAAUGAAGGAUUCGAACCAGAAUUAUUCAAACAACAAUUCAAAACAUUCAAUAUCGAUACUGAUUGCUCAUUCAUGUCUUAUUCACGGUUGUUUCGCUGUUCCAACGACAAAGGCUAUUUUACUGUAUCGGAAAAAUGUUCAGAUUUUUGUCAGGAUGAUUUGGUCGAUGAAGAUAUUAUGAUAUUGGACAACGGGGUACAAGUAUUCAUAUGGCUAGGUUCUCGUUGCAGUGAAAUGGAAGUGAAACUUGCCUAUAAAAGUGCACAGGUAUAUGUACAGAAUAUGAAACUCAAGCAACCGGAACGGCCUCGUACUUUGAUGUUGACGCUCAAAGGAAAAGAAACGCGUAAAUUCAGCAAAUGUUUUCAUGGCUGGUCCCAGUUCAAAUCGGUGAAUGAUCCACGGAUACAAUUGGAUCAAAAAAUGUUGCCCAUCAUUUAUGAACAUACUAAUUUUUAUCAAAAAUCAAAAACAAAAAAUGAUAACAAUUGAGUGUUUUUGCUGUAGAAUUGUUUUUAUAUUUGACAUGUAAUCUAUUUAUCUUGAUGGAUUAGCAAUCGAUGUGACUAUGUACAGACAAGGUCACGUUUAAAGACGGACCUCGAUUAUUAUUAUUAUUAUGA